AACUAACUUGUCACUUAAAGGUGAUUUCAUUUUCAACUUUUUUUUGGCCACAUCCAGUGAAACGUGAAAGUGGCCGCUUUUAUGGUCUGAUUGGGGCUUCAAUCACCCACUUUUAGCUGAGAUAUUUGGUGUCUUUUUGAAGUUCUGCUUUUUUCUAUUUAUUUUGGAGCCCUGUGGGUCUCCUUCUCUCUCAUCACCCGGCUCUUAGCUCUGCAGGCGGCCGUGCGUUUGCACACGGUGCGCACGGUGGUAGUCACAAGGCUGCAUCAGAUAUUUACCAGUUUGCACCCUGGCUGGUUUAAUAGGAUGUCCAGCGGGUGUUGAACACUUUUCCAAGAGGAGGCAACAGGAGCCGAAGAAGACCACAGCAAGAAAUAGAACUAAAGUUUGGAUAAACAAAACUUUAGCUGUCUCAGAAGUACUUUUUAAACUUAAAUUACAUUUUUUUUAAAGCAGUUUUUGUUCUAGUGUGGACAUUUUAUUUUUUAUUUUUUUUACUACUUUGAGGACUUUCCCUAAUAUCUGACAUUCUCCAAGACAUCAGUCAUGUUCAAGAAGAAGGAUCCAGAGAGACUUCACCUGCUGCCAGACACGAAGAAGGCAUAUGCCACAGAGGGAAGCGUGUCCGACCUGGAGGCAUUACAGAUAGACGGAACUGGUGGCAUAAAGCACUGCCAUGACAACAGCCAUGCACAAGAGGAUCGCGAGCGAGAGAAGAAAGUUGCCAGGAAGAGGUUGUAUGUGGUCUCUGUCAUCUGCCUGGUUUUCAUGAUCGGUGAAAUCCUUGGUGGGUAUUUUGCAGGCAGUCUUGCAGUGAUGACAGACGCUGCCCACCUGCUGGUGGACUUCACUAGCUUUAUCAUCAGCCUGUUAUCACUCUGGCUCUCCUCCAGACCUGCCACACAUAGGCUCAGCUAUGGCUGGCAUCGUGCAGAAAUCCUCGGCGCGCUGCUGUCAGUUUUCACCAUCUGGCUGGUAACAGGAGUUUUGGUUUAUCUGGCUGUGGAUCGCCUCAUCAACGACGACUACACCAUUGAGGGCACUAUCAUGCUCAUUACUUCUGGUUGUGCUGUGUUAGCUAAUAUUAUCAUGGCCCUCACCCUUCACCAGUCCGGUCACGGCCACAGUCACGGGGGUCUCAGCUCACAUGGGCACGGGCACGGCCACAGUCACGAGAAAGGAAAAGGACACAAACAGAUCUCAAACCACAACCACUCGAAUGAUGAACAUGCAGAUUUGGAGCGAAAUGGGGUUAAUCAUGGAGGAAGGGCUCAGCAGGCCAAUGCCAGUGUGCGAGCGGCCUUUGUCCACGUGGUGGGAGAUCUUCUCCAGAGCAUCAGCGUGCUUGUCAGCGCCAUCAUUAUCUUCUUCAAGCCAGAAUAUAAGAUUGCUGAUCCCAUCUGCACCUUCCUGUUCUCCAUAUUUGUGUUAUGCACCACCUUCACCAUUAUGAGGGAUAUUCUUAUUGUCCUAAUGGAAGGUACUCCAGCAGGGGUGAGAUACAGUGAGGUGCGGGAUGGUCUGCUAGCAGUGAAGGGGGUGACAGCGGUCCACAACCUUCACAUCUGGGCCCUCACCAUGAACCAGGCUGUACUGUCUGCACACGUAGCCAUAGAUGAGUCAGUGGAUGCUCAGACUGUUCUAAGAGAAAUGACACAGGCCUGUUUCUCCUCCUACAACUUCCACUCGGUUACGAUUCAAAUGGAGAGACAGGCCGACCUGAAGCCUGGAUGUACCCUCUGUGAAGACCCAAAGAUGUAGGAACCAGCCUACAUUCUUUGUAGGAGCACAGCAGAAUAAGGCCAGGCUAUGUUUUAGCUGCUGUAACCUCUGGUGGUAACAAUAUUUAGUUGUUCCGCAAUGAUCAUUCGACCCUGGGGUCUUGUGUUUUACUGUAACAUUAAUGCCAAAGUCACAUGACUGCCUUCGUGCUGACAUUCCCAAAGAAAUGUUGGUUUUGAAAUAAACAAUGAGCAUCUUCCUGAAUGAAAAAACAACUUUCUCAUUUAAAUUGAUUGAGUGUGUUGAGUGAUUGCUAUUUUAUACUUCUAUUCAUUAUCCUAAACACACAUUUUAACAGUUUGUGAAGUUAUGUGAAGCAUACACUGUUUGUUAGAGCAUUAACACACUGUAUCAACCUAAGACAUAUGAUACAGCGACCAGCAUUUGCACACAGUCUGGUAUGUAAAUAUAGAUAUAUAUUAGAUAAAUAUUUCUAUGUAUGGACUAUUACACCAGCAACCUCAGACGUACUGUAUGUGGAGAGCAUUAAGUAUAUUUCAAUACAUGAUCCAAAUGUCUUUUCGCUGCCUUUGUACAAUUGUAAGGUAAAAGCUGAAAUGAAUUAUUCAAU